GUCUCGGUGGGGGUUGGACGCUCUUCUUUCGUGCUCGUGCGGGAGAAUUGGAUUGUUUGUUUUGGUUAUCCACAUCCAUAUUUGUAAAUCAUUGCAAAUGUCCGGUGGAAGGUGUAAAGACAGUGCAACGUGCGUUUCCCUGCCGGGAAAAAAGUGAGUGAGUAAAGCAAUGCAGAAUUCGAGUGGAGAUGGUAACGGCCAAGAUUCACAACAUUACUCGCUGAACUUUCCUGUGAAUCCAAGUUCGGAGUUCUACCACAACUUGACAUCCUCAAGUUCGAGUGUGUCCAAUAUACCAGGUCUUCUGAGACUCGCACCAACCUCCCCAAUGGGUAUGCCAGUGGUAUCCAGUGGAAUUCAGACUGUUGCGGGGGCCAGCCAUGGUUAUGUGGUUCCAGGCAGCAACCCCUUGAAAAGAACUGCCCAAGAUGCAGGGUUCUCUGACCAGAGACAGUGUGAGAUGCCAUCAUCUGAUGAUGAUGGCUCCAUAUCGGACAAAUUCUCAAUACCCCAAACAUCAGUGUCGCCGACUGAGGGCCAGCCAAAGAUAUCGGAUGCCUCGCCAGUGGUGAAGAAAACCAAGGGCAGGGUGAAGAUUAAGAUGGAGUUCAUCGACAACAAGCUAAGAAGAUACACUACAUUUUCCAAGAGAAAGACUGGAAUCAUGAAAAAGGCCUACGAGCUGUCCACUCUGACGGGCACCCAGGUGAUGCUCCUCGUGGCCUCAGAGACUGGCCACGUCUACACGUUCGCCACACGUAAAUUGCAGCCCAUGAUCACCUCCGAGGCGGGCAAGGCGCUGAUCCAGACGUGCCUCAACUCGCCGGACCCGUCGGCGUCGGCGCCCGGCACCGGCGAUCAGCGCAUGUCGGCCACCGGCUUCGAGGAGACUGAGCUCUGCUACAACAUCAACGAAGACGAGCAGAAAGAGGAGUACGAGGAGGACGGCGUCGAGGAGGUGGAGGAUGACGAACAGGAGCAGAAGCCCAGUAACGGCUUCUACGGCCAUGCGCCGCAGCUGUCGGAGCCGUCGGGAGCCGUGUCGGUGGCGACGGUGAUGCCGGCCGCCGUCAGCCUCACGCCGGUCAGGGGAGUCGGCACGGUGUCCAGUCUGAGCGGCGGCACGCUACCCACCGCCCCCGUGGUGACGGCUAGCAGCGCGCACACGCUGCUCACCACGCAGCUGCUCUCACAGAUCAAACAGAGCCAGCAGCUGGCGCUCCACCUGGCGGCCAGCUCGGCGCAGCAGCCCAGCUCGCUCCACCUGGCGGCCAGCUCGGCGCAGCAGCCCAGCUGCUCGUCCGGGGACGGGCCGCGGCUUGUCAGCACGCCAAUGUCGUCCCUGUUCCAAACGUCUCCAGGCCUGCUGCAGUUACCUGAGGGACUGGUCCUCCUCAACAGCCCCUCAACGGUCAUACAGGCUGUGAAACCAGACCAUGCGGGUGAGCCGCCGAACAGCUCCCAGCCGACCGACCUCUCCAAGUCUCGCGUCUCCUCGUAAUGUACUCAGCUGCGGGGAUGGAGAUCGGGGGAGAAGACCUCAGGCCGUCGUCUGCCUGCGGCUCCCCCUCACACAGUUCAUUGCCCAUGAGAGACGAAUCGGACAUCAAUGUAAGUUGCACCCUGGCCAUCCUUCGUUAUCGUGGGAGAGGCAGUCUGAUACAGCCUGUGGUCAGAUGUCUAGAGGCUGGAGUGGGCUGAACAUUACGGUGACUUGUGUGGGCGCGAUGUGUCCAGCUGGCCCGAGGGAGAGUGUCGAUGCUUUGAGGACGGGCUGAGAGGAGUGUAAUGCGAGGUAUUACCGAAAUGGCGAGUUCAAACCUUGCAUAUCGUACUAGUCACGUCUUUUGUACGUAAUCAAUGUACGAAGUUUGUUGGUUGUUCAUUUGGUUGUACUAAAUUGAAUGGAGAGAAUGAAUAGCGUUGAGUGUUUUCAAAACGCUUUCUGAUUUAUGAUCGGUUUUAACGUAUUAUUGCUUGUUCUAUUAACAAAAGCUAUCGCAAAGCGUUUAGCGCGGAAGUACGGCUUUACAUUGAAAGGACUGAUAAUGAUAACUGCUUCCAGUACAGUAUUGCGUGUACCUGUUGAGUAAUAACUUAGCCCCCAAUAAUCAGUUAAAGUGAAUGAACUUUGAUGGGGCUGCCCCAUGGACUUACAACAAAUCAGUCUUUAUUUAUGCAGGGACUCAAUAUACAUCUGGUCAUCUACUAAUUACGACUAGAUAAGUCCUUUUCUACAAGCAGAUCAUGGCUGGCCCAAACCAAAGGUGCAUGUUGCUCAAUAUUCAGCCCUAUAUGAGGCACUGCGUGAACGGCUGCUGUCUCCUCUGUCGCAUUAUACACCGUACCGCUCGCUCAGUUUGCUUUGCUGAGCUGGCCUGUGGCGCCUGUUGUACCUCCCCUGCGGCGCGGGCGCACGGAGUCUCGUGUAUUGGCCUGGUGCCUGUGCCGCGCGCGAGAGGCGAGCGGGCGCUGGGCGGCCUGGCUAGCCCUGGGUCCAAUGGGCGGCGUGUGCCGCGUGUCCCGUGUGGUCUAACCCCGUGUGCCGUGGUGUGAGUGUGCUGAGUGGCAGGUAUCUCUCGCACCCGUCAUUAUGACACUCAUGCACCUAGUUCGUCAGACAGGGCAGUGCCCCAGUGUUGCAACCUGCGUGCGUUGUUACUUUUUGUAA